UACGGUGGAGUCACCUGGGCGCAUGCGCGGCGAGGCGCGCCAGGUGUUGCUGGCCAAAUUUCGAAAGGGCGGUGAAGGUCCACUUGGACCCCAGACGGGCUCACUCUAUAUAGCUCCCGCUCCAAAGAUUUCCUCGUCGGAUAGGCCAGCUUUCAUUCUGUUACAGAUGCUGUCAUAACUUGCAGAAUGGCACCAGAGUGGUCAAUUGGAGAAAGUAAAAUUUACCAGCAAAAGCUGUUGAUUCCUGGAACAAAUAAGAGGAAACUAUUUGGAAUUUUGGAAAAACCAAACCUACCACCAUCUGCUCCAAGUGUGACAUACAAGAUUUUUAUGUUCGGGAAGGCAUCCUCUGGUAAAACAUGGACCAUGAAUCGACUGUCUGGACAAGAACUACCAUCCCAGCAUAUAGAAACAGUGGGAAUUCAAUGUAGUAAUGUAUACUGGCCAAUGAAAAUUGGUAAUCGCCUCAUAUUAUUCCGUUUGGAAAUAUGGGAUGCUGGAGAUUCUAGUGUAAAACGUUACAAUCAUGUAUUGCCGGCUUGUCGUGAAGGAGUUGAUGCUGUGUUGCUGUGUUUCUCAGUAACAGACAGAGAGAGUUGGACAGAGUUGCCACGCUUACUGUCAUCUGCUACCCAGCCAUCAGAUCGUGCUGCUAAAAUCUCUGUAGCAACAAGGUAUGAUCAGUUCUCUCAUCGAGAAGUAACUGAGGCAGAGAUGGAUUCCUUUGAAGCAGCUCAUGGAGUACCAAUCUUGAAACUUGGAAGCACUGGAGAUGACCAGUCAGAUGAAUUAACUCACAUAGCACCCAUCCUCAAUUUUCUGUGCAAACGACUUUGGCAACGUGACCAAGAGCUUCUCUCCAUUAAGCAAUGAAAUCUUAAGCAAUUAUACUUCAUUCCAUCCAUAUUAAUUAUAAUUUUUUUUAAUAUGAAAUGCUAUAAAAUAAAUACACCCAUAACAUUAGUGCUUAUAGGUAUUAUUAAAUAUACUUAAUUCAUUA